AUGAGUGCGGCUCCUGGUCCGCGAGAUUACGAUCAUCUUUUCAAAUUGCUUAUCAUUGGUGAUAGCGGUGAAUUUUUGACAGCAUGAGUUGGAAAAAGUAGCUUAUUGCUUCGAUUUGCAGAUAAUACAUUUUCUCCGAAUUAUAUUACAACCAUCGGUGUUGACUUUAAAAUUAGAACGGUUACAAUCAACGGGCAACGAGUGAAGUUACAGAUUUGGGAUACAGCUGGUCAAGAAAGAUUUCGUACCAUCACUUCUACUUACUACCGUGGAACGCACGGUGUGAUUGUUGUGUAUGAAGUAACAAGUGGUGAUUCAUUCAGUAACGUGAAAAGAUGGCUGCAUGAAAUCGACACAAAUUGUGAAAAUGUUCAAAAAGUUCUCGUUGGAAACAAAGCCGACGAUCCGGAACGACGGGUAGUAUUAGAAGUGGAUGCUCGCCGUUUUGCCGAAACAAUGAAAAUUCCAUUCUUCGAAACUUCCGCUAAAGAAAAUACCAAUGUUGAAGAAAUGUUCAACUGCAUAACGCGGUUAGUACUAGAAGCAAAACUUCGAGCUCCUCAAUCAAACAUUGGUGAUAGUGGCGGUGGUGUGCGAUUGGGUGGCUCUACUCUGAGACGGCAUGAAAAGAGAAAAUGUUGUAGCUGA